AUGUACAGCGCCAUCGAAGCGGAUCAGACUGAUAAUGCAGAUGAAGAUUCUCCGAGAUUAUUAAUCGGUACCGGUCAAGCCAUCACCCGUAACACACGCCAAAUCAGUGAUCUGCGGACAAUGUCCACGCAGCAGAACAUUUUCGUUUACUGGAACAUGACACCGUUGUCGGUUGACGGAUUUCCCUGUUGUCCCUUUACACUGUUGGAAGUGUAUCCGCUAAACGCGGCCGGACGAAAAAUUCCCGGUGAAAGUAUCGUUCUCCUAAAGCCCAACGUCACCGAGUAUCCCGUGAACAUCUCGCAUAUCCGCAAAGAACUGCAGGUCCAAGAGUACAUGAUCUGCGUCCGCUUGUGGCAUCGUUUUGCCGGGAAAGAACGGAAACUGGAUGAAGACUGUGUUAAAACACGUGCAGUGGUGGUGGAGAAGGGCGAUAAUACGGUGCUGAUUGUGUUUGGCAUCGUUUUGGGAGUGAAUGCGGUGCUGUUGCUGGGUGCGGUGGUCUUGAUUAUCAUCAAGCGUCGACGCCGUACGUCCAGUUUCACUAUGAAAAAAUGGUGGCAUGACGUGUCGGAAAUUCUUCAAUCGCAACCAUCCCGCGCGUCACUGGAAAGCCGCUUGACCAUGUCCACAUCGCAGCGGCGACCGAGCGGACUGUCGGCCGGUUCGUUGAAUAACGGCAUAUCCGUUCCCGCCAGUCCCAGUAUCAGUCAUUCACGGCUGGCCAUCUCCACGGUCUCCGGACCGGUUAUGCCGAUCGGCACGUGCGCCAUCGGAAACGAGUACACCUACGCGCGCUGUUUGAAUAAUCAGGUGUAUGAUUUAUUUCUGCAGCGGCAGCAACAUCACUACUGUCCGGCGUCCAGGUCAACAAAUGAAAUUUGCACGGUGCGAAACGGGUUAUUUAAUGACCCAGCCAGUGUUGUUAUUGUUUAA